AUGGGUGCUGAAACAGCCGUCGCGCGGCCUCCCACGGCCCGCAAGAGCGAUGCAAUUGUCACCAAAGAGCGACGAACAGACAUAGCCACUCGCGCAGAGAGAGAAAAGGCCCGACGGAUAAGGGAAGCCAACCAGGCCUAUGGUCGAGGAAAGCAGAUCAACACCAAGCAGAUUAAAGACAAGAAACUCCGAAGGAAUUUGAAAGAGCUGGAGAACAAAUAUCAGAAUGCGGCCCUGAAAGCUAAAGAUGCCGAGAUCCUGCUAGAAAACGAAUCCGGAUUCCUCGAGGCCGAAGGAGAGCUGGAACGAACAUACAAGGUCCGACAAGACGAGAUUGUGGCCAAUGUUGCAGUCGAGACGGCGAAGAAGCGAUUCGAGCUCAACUUGGAUCAACUGGGUCCGUACCUAUGCGACUACUCGAAGAACGGACGAGAACUGCUGCUCGGUGGGCGAAAGGGCCACAUCGCGACCAUGGACUGGCGAGAGGGCAAGCUCGGAUGCGAGAUUCAGCUGGGAGAGACAAUUCGAGAUGUCAAGUGGCUGCAUAACAACCAAUUCUUCGCGGUGGCGCAGAAGAAAUAUGUCUACAUAUACGACCGAAAUGGCGUCGAAUUACAUUGCCUGCGGAAGCACUCCGAAGUCACACACAUGGAGUUUCUCCCAUACCACUUCCUCUUGGCUACAAUGAACACCGGAGGCGUUCUCAAGUACCAAGACACCUCGACCGGCCAGGUCGUCGCCGAAAUCCCAUCAAGACUUGGCCCCCCUUGCUCAUUAACUCACAACCCCUACAACGCCAUCAUCCACGCCGGACAUCAAAACGGCACAGUAACUCUCUGGUCGCCAAACUCCGCCGAGCCAGUCGUCAAACUAUUAGCACAUCGAGGCCCUGUGCGAUCCGUUGCCGUCGAUCGAGAGGGCCGAUACAUGGUCUCAGCAGGACAGGACGCCAAAAUGGCCGUCUGGGACAUUCGAAUGUUCAAGGAAGUCAACACCUACUCGACAUACACCCCGGCCUCUUCCGUCGCCAUCUCAGAUACCGGCCUCACAGCCGUCGGCUGGGGCACCUCCAUGACCAUCUGGAAGGGCCUCUUCAACAAGAACGCCGCCACCCAGGAGCGAGUAACACAUCCCUACAUGAAAUGGGGCCGCGAAGGCAAGACCGUCGAGCGCGUCCGCUGGUGCCCCUUUGAAGAUGUCCUCGGCAUAAGCCACGACAAGGGCUUCUCCUCCGUCAUCGUCCCCGGCGCCGGAGAGGCCAACUUCGACGCCUUCGAGGCCAACCCCUUUGAGACGAACAAGCAGCGACAGGAGACUGAGGUCCGCGGCCUGCUCAACAAGCUGUCGCCCGAGAUGAUUGCCCUGGACCCCAACUUUGUCGGCAACAUCGAUCUGCGGUCCGACGCGCAGCGCAAGGCCGAGAAGGACCUGGACGCCAAACCCGCGGACAUUGCCGAGGAGAUUCGCAACCGCGCGAGAGGAAAGAAUGGCGCGUUGAAGAAGUACCUGCGCAAGCAGCGCAAGAGGAACAUCAUCGACGAGAAGAGGAUGCGGGUGGACGAGCUGUGGAAGGAGCAGCAGAAGAAGAACGACAAGAAGCGACAGGAGGUAGAAGAAGAUCUGGGGCCGGCGCUGUCACGGUUUGCGAAGAAGGAGUAA